CUGGUAGUGUUGACAAAGCAAGUAGACCUGGUAGUGUUGACAAAGCAAGUAGUUCUGGUAGUGUUGACAAAGCAAAUAGACCCGAUAGUGUUGACAAAGAAAGAAGACCCGGCAGCCUUGACAUAACAAGUAGACCUGGUAGUGUUGACAAAGCAAGCAGACAUGCUAGUGUUGACAAAGCAAGUAGACCUUGUAGUAUUGAAACAGCAAGAAGUCUUGGUAGUGUUGACAAAACAAGUAGACCUAUGAGUGUUGACAUAACAAGUAGACCCUGCAGUGUUGACAUAACAAGUAGACCUGAUAGAGUUUACAAAGGAAGUGGACCUGAUAGUUUUGACAAAGCAAGUAGACCUGGUAGUGUUAACAAAGCGAGUAGACCUCAUAGUAUUGACCAAGCAAGUAGACAUCAUAGUUUUGACAAAGCAAGUAUAUCUCAUAGUGUUGACAAAGCAAGUAGACCUGGUAGUGUUGAUAUAGCAAGUAGACCUGAUAGUGUUGACAAAGCAAGUAGACCUGGUAGUGUUGACAAAGCAAGUAGACCCGACAGUGUUGACAAAGAAAGAAGACCUGGUAGUGUUGACAAAGCAAGUAGACCCAUUAGUGUUGACAAAGAAAGUAGUCCUGGUAGUGUUGACAAAGCAAGUAGACCCAAUAGUGUUGACAAAGCAAGUAGAUCUGAUAGUGUUGACAAAGCAAGUAGACCUGGUAGUGUUGACAAAGCAAGUAGACCUGAUAGUGUUGACGAUG